AUGAAGCAUGUGCUUCCUGAGCAAUACGUUGAGCUUUUGAAGCGCACGUUCUCGGAUAAAGAUAAACGAGCACACUUCAAGCGGCAGGUUGAGAAGUGUUUUGCCUUUGCGCAGUCGGCGAAGUACCGUGGAGGACGUCUUCGAGCGUGGGGUGAACUGCAACUGUCCGAGGACGGAGUCGAGCUGCCGCCACGAC